GUACUGAGGAGAAGAAGAGUGCGUGAGAAGGCGAAGAAGAGCAGCAAAGAAAUUAUCUGUUUCUGUGCAGGUUGACUUAUUUAGGAACUCAGAAACCAAAGUAGGAGACGACCAUGCUGAGAGCGUGUCUGAGAGGGGCUAAUGCUACCGCCCGGAAGAACUACAGGAGAAUCCCUCUUACCAGUCUGCAGCAGUGUCGGCACUACACCGCAGGAGAGGGCAGUAGUGCUUCCAAAGUGGUUGUUGCUGGCUUGUUGACAGUAAGUGGUGGCAUUGGAGGGACCGUACUCUAUGCCAAAUGGGACCGUCUGUGUUUGUGUGUUUGUGUGUUUUCUCUCGAAGAGUGCAACGAGUGCCAUGAACACAAGGAGGCGACAGCGGUCCAUCCUGCACCCACAGAACCAAUGAAAGAGCGUCCAGUAGAAGAAGUGGCUGCUCGACUUGCUCAACAAGAACAGGAGGAACAGGAUAUUUCAGCAUCCGUAUCAGCCAGUCUUGAGGACUCACUGGCGAGCUCAGCCAAAGCUACUCUGCAGGCCAUAGGAGCGCAAGAAGCAGCCCUGCAGGCUAUCAUGCAGCACACAGACAAACUGAAGGAGGCUAUGGAAGCAGAGGUUCUACCUGAGGAGAAGUCAAACCAGUGGAAGGACCUGGAAGCUGCUCUUGCUGAUAGAACCACGGCUUUGAACGAUGCCAGAGCUGCUCUGUCGAAAGCAAACGAGUCCUUGGACAGUCUCAGGUCAGUGAUUGACGAGUCCAAAGGGCUGAAGAUAUCCUCUGUUCGCCCGCUGGUUUUAGCAGCAGAGGAGAAUCUCCAUAACAUGGUUGUGGACUUGGACAAAAUGGUCAUGAAGUGUUUUUGUGUGUUAGCUGGUAAACUGUCCACAGACGACCUCAACGCUCUGAUCGCCCAUGCACAUCGUCGCAUUGACCAGUUGAACCGAGAGCUAGCUGAGCAGAAGGUCAGAGAGAAGAUCCACAUUGAUGCAGCGUUGGAACAACAGAAACUGGAGGACCAGAAAGCUCUGGACAGCGCUGUCAACACUGCCCUGCAACAUGUCAAAGAAGAGGCCCGGCUGGACCAGGAGAGGAAGCUGGCUGAGUUAAGAGAAGUGAUGGAGGCAGAGAUGAGGACUCAGCUUCGGCGGCAGGCAGCGGCUCACACAGACCACGUCCAAGAUGUGCUCAAAGUCCAGGAGCACGAGCUGAAAGCUGAGGCUGAGCAGGUACUGAGCAGUAAGAUGCUGGAACAGGAGACUCGCUACCGUCAGCUGACCCAGGAACAGCUCGACAACUUCACUUUGGACAUGAACACAGCCUACGCAAGACUGAAGGGGGUGGAAGAAGCUAUAGACAGCCACGUGGUAGCAGAGGACGAGGCUCGUAAGGCCCACCAGCUGUGGCUCUCUGUGGAGGCUCUCAGUUACUCCCUGAAGACUGCUGAAGCCGACGUGCCCACUGUGCCUCUGGAGAACGCCGCUCAGGCUGUUCGCGACAGCUGCCGAGACAACGACUUUGCCUUGGCGCUGGCGUCGGCUCUUCCAGAGAAAUCCCUGCAGCGCGGCGUGUACAGCGAGGCCUCUCUCCGUGCCCGUUUCAACUCCUUGCGAUCGCUGGCCCGCCGCGUCGCUCUCAUCGAUGAAUCUCGUAACUCCUUGUAUCAGUAUUUCUUGUCCUACCUUCAAGCUGCACUGCUGUUUGAGAAGAGGCAGGAAGCUCCACCUAGCCAGCUGAGCUCUGAGGAUUUAGAUCCUUUCAAGCUUCUGUCAUAUGCGAGCUACUGCUUAGAGCACGGGGACCUGGAGUUAGCAGCUAAACUGGUGAACCAGCUGAGAGGAGAGGCCAGGAGAGUGGUGGAGGACUGGCUUAUUGAAGCCAGACUCACACUGGAAACUAGACAGGUAGUGAAUUUGCUGUCUGCUUAUGCAAAUGCUGUGGGUUUGGGCACCACACAGGCGCCGUAGGUUGCCACAGUAACCCUCAACCGUUAAGGGAAAAAGGAAAAAACCUGCUAAAAGUCUUUUUUUUCCAAGAAGUAUCAAAGUUUCCGAGUGUAGCUGGAGAAGUGGCUCAGGAGAAGCUUCAGCCUGAAUCCUUUGUGCAGGGAAGCAUCAGCAGUCUGCAGCACAGAAAGAUGGUUUCUCAGUUACCUGAACCACAUAAAUGUUUUCCUCUGAAAGCACUAAUUCACUGUGGCCAAUUAUUUAUGAUACAUUCAAUGCACUUCUUAGCUUAGUCUUGUCCAUUCAGACUGCAGGUUUGGCCCAGCUAUUUAUCUCCAGCCCGUGUGUUAUGGAACCGUCAUCCUACGAAUUACAGUUGGAUAUUUGUGAAUACUGCACAUGUUAAAUAAAUCCUGA